AUCUUCCAGGGGAAGACAAAUCACACAGCCUGGUUUGUUAGCCACUGCAUAACAUGGAGCAAGAGGGAGAUCUACGUGAAAAGAAUGAGGAAGCUGAUUCCCGUGGACAUUUACGGUGGCUGUAGUGACCGGAAGUGUGGGGUCAUUCAUUACAGGACCAGCGACAAUUCCUUAUGCCUGCCUAUGUUGUCAAAACAAUACAAGUUUUAUUUGGCUUUUGAAAACUCCUUCUGCAAAGACUACAUCUCAGAGAAGUUCUUCAAGCUCUUCCAGGAAGUUGACGUCAUCCCAGUGGUAAGAGGUGGCUUUGAUUACAAGAAGUACCUGCCUUCUGGAAUCUUUGUCGACGCUUCUGAUUUUAAGACACCAGAGGAUCUGGCUAAAUAUCUCCUUCAGCUUGGCUCAAAUCAAAAAGAAUAUGUUAAAAUGUUGAAACGCAAAAACAGAUGGUUUGAGAGAUACAUGACGCCUUUUAGGUGUGCUGUGUGCGAGGCCCUUCAUACAACCAAAGACUCACCGACCUAUAUCAAUAACCUUAGAGACAAAUUUAAUGGGAAUCCGUCCUACUGUUGGGAACCUAAAGACUUAAAUUAAUGCAAAAUUGUU